AUGGCCCUCCCUCCUCCAGACCCAGGACGGCCACCGCCCCCGCCACCAACUUCGUCCAUGCCUGAGCCAACCCCCAUGGUUACUGUCGUCAUUACCCACAACAGGAUUGCUACGGCCAUCCUCGUGCCAGCUACCGGUACAAUCAGCACCCCGCUCCCAUUCUCCUCCUCCGACCCAGACUCGGACUCCAACACGGCCCUUAACACAGUCGCCACGCCCCUAACCGCACGCCAUCUACGUUCCAAGUUAGCCGCGAACAAGCUUCUCGCCCGACACUACCGCACCCGGGCCAAACGUGUCAUUACGUGGCCCCACGAACAACAUCCUCGCUCACCACUACCAACCGACGCUGACUCCAGCCCUUUAUCUCUCCGAGGAUGA